AUUGUUGUGUUGUUGACAUUCGGAUUGCGCGCUAGCUUGGUGAAAACCCGGUGUCGUCUGCAAAAACUGUGCAAAAAUUAACUUAUUUCGGCACUCAUUAGCUAUAACUUGUGUCGAAAUAUUGUUGAGUGUAUUUAAGAUAACACUUCCCGGUAAAAAAUAGUGUUAUGGUGCAGUGUGUUGUUAUUGGCGCAUAGAAGAGUCACCAUCGAAUCUUGCGGCUUGUGUUGUCUCGUAACACACAAUAUCAAAAUGAGCUAUUUAGAGCGCAGUAUGCACAUGUUGGAUGAAUCGGCGGCCCAACCGUACCGUUUGAUGGUCGGGUCUAAAGAAUCCAAUCGUUACAACUCGUUACAGCAGCAGCAACAGGCCCACGACCAACAACAGUUUUCGCUGUCCAUGAUGGGCGAUAGUGUGCUAGAUUCCGUGCAAGACGUUAGCAUGCUUCGAACAGUCGAUUCAGAGCGCGGUGGCCCCCUGUCCGGCAGUCAGAUGAGUUUGGCUGCAGGUACGGUGAGCUACAGCAAUGUCAACGUGCGAGAAUCGACCAAGCAGCUGUGCGAAGAGUUCCUGCAUGUGGUGCAACGCCACAAGAACGCGUCGGAUGUGUUCGAAGCGACGGAUGAGCUGAUCCGAACACUGGAAGAGACGCUUGUGCCGAUGAACAAUGCCGCCAAGCAGCUGCUAUCCGCCGGCCGCGAGCGCCAUCUGCAUGCGGAAGAGAUGUGGCUGAAUGCGGAGCGCGAUACUUGGCGGUUGAUGGUGUGCCUGUAUCGCGACCGCUUGGUUACGCAAAAACAGGACAACGAGAUGGACGAUUUGCCGCUGGUAAACAGUGAGCAGACAAUUAUCUCGCAUCUGUACGGGGGCAAUGCGAAUCUGCGCGAGUAUCAGAUGAUUGUGGACUGGCUGGAACAGAUGACGCUGCACCAGAAUCAGACGGAGCUGAACCACUACAUGGGCCGUACGGUGGCGUGGGAAAACACGCUUCAUCAGCUGCUGGAGGUGGGCCAAACGGCAUUCGGGAGCGGUCGUCCGUUGGUGAAGAGCCUCGAUCCCGAUGCACCGAUCCGCGAGAAGCGUCCACUGCACGAUCUCGACGUGGAAGAUCAGAUGCAGCUAGCCAAGCGCGUGUUUCUCGACAUUCGCCAAGGGCGGCUGAAGGAAGCGCAGAUCAAGUGCGAAAACUAUGGCCAAGCGUGGAAGGCGGCCCUGCUCGAGGGCUGGCGGCUGCAUCACGAUCCCAACUACGAGGGCAAAACUGACUUCGCCACACGGGAAUCGAUCGAAGGGAACCCGAGACGGGAUCUGUGGAAAAAGUUUGCCUGGCAGAUGGCGGAAAGCCGCAUGCUGGAUCCGUACACGAAGGCUACGAUCGGGUCGCUGUGUGGCCAUCUCGAUUCGAUGGUGGAGGUGCUGUCCGAGCACUCGUGGAACGAUAUGCUGUGGGCGUACGUUAAGAUCCAGAUCGAUAUACGGGUGGAGAGCGAGAUACGGUCGCACUGCAUCAAGAGCUACCUGCCCAUGCCGGACCGUUACUGGAACGGUAAGAAGUCGCUGGAGCAAAUAUUCGAUGCGCUCGAGGCGCACAAGAAUGUGCGCAUCUGCACGGCGGCCAAGGACGUGGACAAGGUGAUCCAGAAGUACAUCAUGCUGGACGACAUUCCCGAGCUGAUGCGUAUCGUCGACGGAUGGCUGGAGGGGACGGAAGUGGUGCUGAUUCCACAGAUGCUACGCUUCUUGACGCACUUCGUAUUGUUUCUGCGGCAGAUUGGCAAGACGUUCCAGGAGGAUAUUGGAGACCGGGUGAUUAAGCGAUACGUGGAGUAUUUGAUAACGCUCGGCGCGUCGCACAUGGUGGCGUUCUACACGGCCGCACUGCCGCCGAACAUGCAACUGUUGCUGUAUUCACGGUUUCUCGACACCAUCACCGACAGUCUGCAGCGAAAGCAAGCCCUAGAGGAUGCGUACAAUUUCGGACUGGACGUUCCGACCAUUACCGUGUACACGGUGGAACGUUACCGUCUGAUGGAGCCUGAAAACGACGAGUCAGCGCCGACCGCUUCCGGCACGUUGACCGAGCUGGACGAGCGGAAGAUUUUCUCCCUCGAAUGGCUUACCUUCUAUCCCGAGCAACGGGGUGAGCUGUUAUGGCAAACCAACACGCUCAUCCGCUACUUCCUGGCCCGGCGCAGUAUCGAAGCGGCACGGAAAACGUUCGCAGUGAUACCGGCCGACACGAUGGAGCUUAUAUUCACCCACUACGGUUCGAAGGAUGACAUUCCGUGCCGGGAGGAGGUUAGCAUUCGUGAAUAUCUCUGCUACCAGACGUAUCUGGCCGCGAUCCAAGGGUACAACGAUUGGUCCCAUCUGUUCUACAACGGUAGACCGAAACCACCGCCGGUGGUGAAGAUAUCGAACUUUACGGAACGCGUCACGUCUGAGCACCGGGAGGAAACGUACCGGAAGGAGCUAAGCAGCUGGGAAGAGCGUAUCGGUGACGUAACAACGCUGACGCGUGAUUUGCUGUACAACGUACUGCUGUUCCCGGAGGCGGGCUGGCUGGUCGAUACGGACACGAUGAAACCGAUGCCGGAAGACGACGAAGAUUGGCAAAAUCGAGCGGUGCAGAUGGAGAACCUGCGGAAGCUCUGCAUUCCCGAGAUAGUGCUGUUGCUGCAUCAGCUGCACACGCUGACCGAUCGGCACAGCGAGAACCUGCUGCUGGCCGAUGUGCUUAGCUCCGAGUCGCGCAAGCUGUACAGCGUGUUCCCCAAGCACAAGCUGGCGGAAACGCUUACAAAGAUAGCCGAAUCGUCCCUCACGCUCAUGAACAACCGGAAAGACCCGUUUGUGGGCGAUGGUGCGAAGAAGUAGAGAUGGUGAGGUAGCACCAGAUGAAGAUUGCAUUUACUGCCCCGAUUUGUUUUUCCUUCUCAAUUCUCUGUUUGUGUUUCAGUAAAAUUUUAAGUAAUAAAGUAAUUAACUGUGGAAGAAACGUAAAA